GAAAACAUUCAAAAAAUAUUCACACUUAUUUGAUUAUCGUGAUAUACAUAUAUGAGGAUAACAACAAACUCAACAUCAUUUAUCCUUACAUUUUUUAAGAGUAGCUUACAAAAAACGACAACAAAAAUAUCAAAAUACUGGAAAGUUUCACUGAGUGUUUGGGGAUGGGUCUAGGAGUAAAAAUUUGUAUGAUAUUUUGCUAUUGGAAUGCAGUGUGCGCCUUUUUCAUUGCAUACCUUUUCAACAUCAAAUUGAUUUCUCUAUCUAUUAUAUCGGUUAGGAGUAAUUGGGAUAGUGCCGAGAAAGCGCGUGCGUGCAUGCAUGCUGCCCUGAUUUAUUUUAUCAUAGCGUUAGUUUUAAAUAUAGGAUCUAUUUUUCAGAAUCGUACCAAUGCGUUCAGAAACUUUUCUGCAUUGGAUUCACGAACCCAGUCUCUGGAAGUGGGUAACUCGAGCAUGAUGUCCAUACCUCUUCUUGCACCUCUGGACCAUCGAUACGGUACCCCUGGCGAUGGCUCCCUGGAUCGAGAUGUAAAGGUAAGACCAUAUGGCACUUGAGUAUUUUUUAAAUCUCACUCAAAUAUUCUUCUCAAACAUAUGUGAUCGGUUGAUUACCUUUUUUGAUAUUAAGGAAGUAUUAUUGGAAUAUGAUAGGGAAAUUUGCCAACUGUUUAUCACCAAACAUGAUUAUUUAUUUAAGGUUCAGUGUUUUUCUUUCUUUCCCUUAUUGCAUGUGUAUAACUACGAGUAAGGCUGAUUGUGAUUUUUCCACUUUUUGCAUUUUUUAAAUUAAAACGAAAGGAUGAUCCUCAAUGCAUAGAACUAAAAAACUUACAGCAAUAUGUUGCUCUAGUUUAUUUAUCCAUAUAUAUCUGUAUCUAUAUAUAGAUAUAGAUAGUUAAAAGACCGACAUGAGUGCACACAGGUUCGAGUUUCAACUGAAAUAAUUGAUAAGAUUUACGUCAACGAAUA